UUACAAAAGUUUUUCUGCAAAAAUAUCGAACGGUUUCUUAUCCAAAGCUGGGACUCGGUAUCGUAGCUUUCACGAUGUCGUCUCCGCUUCAAUGCCCGUCCAAGCUUCUCUUCCCUCUCCCCCAUCCUUACUGCAACUCCGUUCUCCCCUAUUCCACUCCACGACUUCUGUAUCCCCGUCGCCAAACGGUCCGAAUCCUCUGCGCCAAGAGAAGAGGCAAGCAGAGAUACCCUUCAGAAAAGAAGAAACUGAAAUUGAAGCAAAAGGAAGUUCUAUCCCCCGUCUCGGACAAGUUCGAGGGGAUUUGGAGGCUGUCCAAGCUUGCCGUUUCGGUCCAAAACGACCCCGGAAAAGACUUUCUCCAAGUCCAUAAUGGCUUGCUUCAAGAAAUCGCUAAAGUCCUCGAGUUCCCAGUUGCUUCCAUGUUGCCAGCGGAAGCUUUCUCAGUGGUUCGGAAAUCUUUUGACGCAAGAAAGAUACUGAAGGAGGCUAAGUUUGUAUAUACUGUGGAUAUGGAUGUCAGAAAGCUGCUGAGUUUAGAACCUCGUACGUGGGACUUCAUUUCUCGGUUGGAGCCAAAAGUUGGGCUUAUAGAACAUAUGCCUCACGAAAGAAGCAGUCAUGAUUUGACCAGUAUAGUACGUGAUUUUAAAGAUAGCAAUGAUGACACAUUGGCAAGAGAGCACAGACAUAACAUUGACUCUAGUGUAUCACUCAAGUGUUCCCCAGCUAGAAAACCAAAAAUUGCAGUUGUGGGUAGUGGCCCAUCUGGCUUGUUUGCUUCCCUGGUACUUGCAGAAUUUGGUGCAGAUGUUACUUUGAUAGAACGAGGUCAAGCAGUUGAGAGGAGGGGGCGUGACAUUGGCGCUUUAGUUGUUCGCCGUAUUUUAGAAUCAGAAAGCAAUUUUUGCUUUGGGGAGGGUGGUGCAGGUACCUGGAGUGAUGGAAAGCUGGUAACUAGAAUUGGAAGAAACAGUGGCACUGUUUUGGCGAUCAUGAACACCUUGGUUCACUUUGGUGCUCCAAAAAAUAUAUUGAUUGAUGGAAAGCCUCAUUUGGGAACAGAUAGGCUGGUUCCUUUACUCCGUAACUUUCGGCAACAUCUUCAAUCAUUGGGUGUGACUAUCAAGUUCGGAACGAGGGUAGAUGAUCUGCUGAUACAGAAUGGACGUGUUAUGGGUGUCCAAGUCUCUAAUUCAACAAAUAAAUUGCAGUUAGACUGUAAGAAGUUGGGAUUUGAUGCAGUUAUUCUGGCUGUUGGACAUUCUGCACGUGAUAUAUAUCAAAUGCUUCUUUCUCAUAAUUUGGAUUUGGUCCCAAAAGAUUUUGCUGUUGGUUUUCGAGUAGAGCAUCCUCAGGAACUAAUCAACAGCAUACAGUACUCUGGAUUGGCCAAUGAAGUUUGCAGAGGACGUGGGAAAGUACCAGUGGCAGAUUAUAAGGUCAUACAGUAUGUUAGCAAUGAGGAUGAACACUCGCCAUUCAAGUUGGAGUCUACAAGUCGUAGUUGUUAUUCUUUCUGCAUGUGCCCUGGUGGCCAGGUUGUUCUCACUAGUACAAGCCCAUCAGAGAUCUGUAUCAAUGGGAUGUCAUUUUCUCGGCGUUCAUCUAGGUGGGCAAAUGCUGCUCUUGUUGUGACUGUCUCAACAAAGGAUUUUGAUGCAUUAAAUUUCCAUGGACCUCUUGCUGGGGUCAAAUUUCAGAGGGAAUUUGAGCAAAGAGCAUCAUUAAUGGGAGGGGGAAAUUUUGUGGUGCCUGUGCAGACAGUUCCUGAUUUCAUGGAAAAUAAAGCAUCAGUAACAUCUAUGCCACCAUCAAGCUACCGGUUAGGAGUGAAGGCAGCAAGUCUCCAUGAAUUAUUCCCCAUGUAUAUGACAGAUGCUAUACGAUAUUCUAUCUCAAUGUUUGAUAAAGAGCUACCUGGAUUUAUCUCCAAGGAGGCUCUUCUUCAUGGAGUAGAGACUAGAACUAGCUCUCCAUUCAGAUUCACGCCACGUGACACAUAUGAGAGCAUGUCUUUAAGAGGGCUGUACCCAGUUGGUGAAGGAGCAGGUUAUGCUGGUGGGAUUGUAAGUGCAGCAGUUGAUGGGAUGUAUGCUGGUUUCGCUGUGGCAAAAAAUUUAGAUUUGUUUCAUGGUGACAUAGAGUCAGUUUUAGGGAAGGCUCAGGGUGCUGGAUUUGUGAAGUACUAAAGGGGAUUUGUUCCACUUGAUUGUAUAAAGCAAUUCACGUCACGUGAGUCAUGCUCCAGUAUCUUUUUAGGGCUUCACAAAAUUGAGGAUGACGAGGAGGGGAAAUCGAAUCUGAGUCCAGUUUUAUUUCAGAAACUCUAGAUGGAAGGAUAAGAUUCUCCAUGUAAAUCCAUCCUAUAAUAGAGCACUCCAAACUGUGUUAUCGUUCAGUAAGAGGGAAUAUCGAAGGGUGCCUUUCAGUUUCAGUCAGUCAGUCAGAGGUUGCUGUGCAUUUUUGCUUGUUGAUCAUGAACCUGU